AUGCUAGAUUUUUUGCAAAACUCCGAUUUCAAACUUGUGUCGUUUACAUAUUUAAGCGAUCCACAAAGAGCAGCCGAGUUAAACAAGAAUCUCGAAGACCAAUUAGACGGGUUAUUGCUAACAGCACAUAAGCAGUUGGCUUUUUACCGGCUAUACGGAGAUUGCAAAACGAACUUGGCACUGUAUAACAGUCAACUAAAAAAACUGGAAGAUAGAAUGAUGGAUAUGGAAGCCUGUUAUAGCAAGUUUGAGUCAGUAAAGGAGAAUAACCCAGACCCUUCGACAGUGGCGGUGGUUCCAAUACUGGGAAUAAAGGACCUGGAACAAAAGGCGAAGGAAACGAGUAAGAAGCUGAGCGAGGUGAUAAAGAACUACGAAGAUUUGAACAAAGAAUCGACGAAGCUGUACCACAACACAUCGAAAAUUCGCAAUAACCUGGAAAAUUUGAAGCAUCAAGCGGACAAACUCUUAUUUAAGCAGAACCAAGUGGCGUCACUAGCAGACGAAGUGGCGCUGGCCAGAGGGAAGUUUGUGAAGGACGUGCCGGCAGACAGGAUACACAGAGCAUCUUUAUCGCAAGCAUCAAUGGAAUUAUCGGCCUACUCGUGCUCAUCGAGAAUUAAGAACCUGCAAAAAUCGCUGGAAAAAAUCGCGUCGAAGCUACGAAGCGAAAAUAGAACGACAGUGAGCCAUUUCAUCGACGAGAAAAUGCUCAAGAGUUUCGACGAGGCAAUAUUAAACAACACUGACCUUAUAUUUAAGCUAUCGAAAGCCGCGGAACUGACGCUACCGGAAGGAGUGGAGAUAAGAUUCCCGGACCUGAACGACAUAAUGAACAUGGAAAUACUGGUAACGCCAAGGGAGGGAAUAUGGGAAGGAAUGAAGAUAGGAUUCAGCUGCAGAGUGCCGGAGGGGUACCCUCACGAGAGACUAAGAAUAAAGUGCAUUAGCAAGAUUCUACACCCAAAUAUACUGGGAAUAAACGCGGAAAGGUGCGAAGGAGCAGUGUGUUUAAACAUAAUAAGAGAAGAGUGGAAGCCGAUAUACACAUUGAGCACAGCAAUCAUGGGACUGGUGAACCUUCUGCUGGAGCCACAAGUCGAAGAACCGCUGGACCAGUCCUCAGCAGAUAUGCUCAAAAAUGACCCGGAAAGGCUGAAAAAACUAAAUGUAAACCUGAAUUUAAACUAA